AUGGCCUUGGCCAGUGCAGAGAUGGCCUUGCUCACCAUGAUGUCCUAUGACUGCUACGUGGCCAUCUGCCUUCCUCUGCACUAUGAGGUCAUCAUGAAAAGGAGCACCUGCAUCAAGAUGGCCGCCUAUUCCUGGCUCAGCAGCGGACUCUCUGGAAUCCUGCACACAGCCACCACCUUCUCCAUGCCCCUUGUAGCGUCUGGCGUGGUUCACCAGUUCUUCUAUGAGAUCCCUCAGCUGCUCAGACUCUCUUGUUCACAUGACUACUGGGCUGAGGUUGGGGCAGUCACCAUCACGUCCUCACUGGGUUUUGUCUGCUUUCUCUCCAUUGCUCUCUCCUACACUCACAUCUUCUCUACCGUGCUGAGGAUCCCCUCCACCGAGGGUCAGUCCAGGGCCUUCUCCACCUCUGUCCCUCCCCUUGCCAUGGUGACUCUUUUCCUUGGUGGUGCUGCGACGGCCUACCUGAAGCCAGCAGGAGAUGCAUCCUCGACUUUUGACCCGUUGGUGUCUGUGUUCUAUACAGUAGUCCUCCAAACGCUUAAUCCCAUCAUCUACAACCUAAGGAAUAAGGACGUGAAGGUUGCUGUGAAGAAAUACUUAAAGAUCCUGUCAUUUGAUUCCAUCACCUGCUGA